AUGUACUUAUUAAAGCAAAGGUUUGCUCCAACUGGUAGUAAUACACUAGAUAGCUAUAUAGACUUAAUAUACUGUCCAAUUUCAUCUGAAAAUACCAAUAAAACUAAUUAUAUUAACAGCAACACAGAUAGUAGUGCUGAAAAUUCAGCAUCUACUUCUGAAAAACUUCAAGUUAAAUAUGAAGAACUAAGUUAUAACUUAUAUGUAUCUCCAUUAACACAAGUAUCAAUUAAUCAAAAUAAGAAGGACAAUACAUUUGCUAAUUUGUGGACUUCUAAUCAAGAAAUAAUUCAGACUGAAAAAGAUGAAGUCUUUCAAUAUAUAAACUUUUCAAAAGUGUUAGAAAAUAAUAAUUCACUAACUUGGUGA